UGCGCAUUGUAAGCCAUUAUAUUGUCCUCAAGCCACAAUUCAAGAAGCAGUGUUCCUUGAUAUGAAUUAAAUAUUAAUAUACGGAAACAUUUUUUCCGUGUUGUCUGACGCUAUCAUACAUGGAGUUUUACGAUACAUAGCUUGCCUUCCAAACGGGCUGUAGAGUCCACAGUCGGGGGAUUCGAGGCCGUAAACACUGCGCGGAGUGACAGCACGGGUAGCUUGGGUGUUUAUCUAUUUUGCUAGCUCGCUAGGCAGCUAAGGGUGUUAGGGAGGAGGAAGAAAAAUAAGAUACAGGAUUUUGACAACUUUGUCUUGCAGACAGAAAGGGCUGCGGCUGUCCCUUUUCUGUCAAAUCUGCCGAAAGGAUGGCGCACCUACGCGACAUGCAAAAUCAGAAUUCCAGGCUGGACCCAGAGGAGUACUUUACCAAGCAGGAGCGCAUUGGGAAAGGCUCCUUCGGCGAGGUCUACAAGGGCAUCAACAACCGGACCAAGGAGGUGGUGGCCAUCAAGAUCAUCGACCUGGAGGAGGCUGAGGACGAGAUAGAAGACAUCCAGCAGGAGAUCACGGUGCUUAGCCAGUGUGACAGCCCCUUUGUCACCAAGUAUUAUGGGUCCUACUUGAAGGGUACCAAACUGUGGAUCAUCAUGGAGUAUUUGGGAGGGGGAUCAGCGCUAGACCUAUUGCGUCCCGGGCCAUUAGAAGAGACGUAUAUAGCUACUAUAUUGAGGGAAAUCCUGAAGGGACUGGAGUACCUGCACUCCGAGAGGAAGAUUCAUCGAGAUAUCAAAGCUGCCAACGUGCUGCUGUCUGAGCAGGGCGAUGUAAAGCUGGCAGAUUUUGGGGUGGCGGGCCAGCUGACAGACACUCAGAUCAAAAGGAACACAUUCGUGGGCACGCCGUUUUGGAUGGCGCCGGAAGUCAUCAAACAGUCAGCGUAUGACUUCAAGGCGGAUAUAUGGUCAUUGGGAAUCACUGCCAUCGAGUUGGCUAAAGGGGAACCCCCUAACUCGGACCUACACCCUAUGAGGGUCCUAUUCCUCAUCCCCAAAAACACCCCUCCCACCCUCGAGGGCUCCUACAGCAAGCCUUUCAAAGAGUUUGUGGAGGCCUGCCUCAACAAAGACCCUCGCUUUAGGCCGACAGCCAAGGAACUGCUAAAGCACAAAUUCAUCACACGCUACACCAAGAAGACGCCCUACCUGACAGAACUCAUCGACCGCUACCGCCGCUGGAGGUCCGAGGGCCACGGGGAGGAGUCCAGCUCAGACGACUCAGAUAUGGAUGCUGAUAGCGAUGACAACCAGUGUCCCAUGUGGACGUUCCCCACAGUCAGACCCAGCUCCAUGAACAAGCUACAAAAGGGCUACACACACACAGAUUCAGAGUCUGCAGAUUCGGUGAAAAGGCAACCCAAGUCACAGUGUUUGUCUGCAUUGGUCACUCCUAUUUUCAGAGAGUUGAAAGAGAAGAGGCGGGCAAGCGGAGGUGGGGUGGGGGCUAUCGAGGAGCUGGAGAAUGCCUUCAACCUGGCAGAGGAGUCCUGUCCCGGUAUUUCCGACCGUCUCGUCACACACAUGAUGGAGAGAGUGUGCAGGUUUUCUCUGAACGGUAACACCACCCCUUCCUCGCGGUGAAACCACGCUGUCUGCCCCUCAACCCCCCUCCCCCUCCCCACCUCUCAAGGACCACAGAAAAACCAGACCCUCAGUCCCCCCCCCCCCCCCCCAAGAGAUCUUUUAAUUAGCUAUAAUUAAAUAUUUUUACAGUUUUUCUUUAUAGAACGGAGAGUAUUUAAGACAGAAAAGCCAUGACAUUAAGAGCGCUGUGUAUACCUGUUAGAACGGGAAAAACCUAUAAUAAAGUCUAUGGAAAAUGGUUCUUUAACUCAAGUGGUUUUUGGAUUUGGAAAGCAGUUUUUUGCUUCCAUGAGAAGUACAUGACCACUGACUAUUGUGCAGUAUGACUGUAUUGUCUGAUGUCAGUCAUGAGACUGAAAUGUCAUUAUUAAAGAGAAAAUAUCAACAGGU